AUGCAUCCAGCUUCUACAACUACCCUCGCCGCCUCCAGGUUGGAGGAGUUUGAAUCCUGCUUGAGAAACAACAUGCUCUGGAACUGGAACACUAUUGGUGCCUGCUUUAUUUCUGAGGGGUGGUACAUAAGUUCCGCAGCCUUAUUCGCCUUGACCUGCUUUGGCGCCUUCGGUGUGGCAUUGCUAUUUGAAUUCGUACGCCGUGUCUCUAGAGAAUGGGACCGCCACACAUUCGCCAGAGACGUCGGCGAUCCUCGAGAAUUUCCUGCUAUUGAACUUGGCCCCCUUCAACCCGUUGCCGCUCAGCCUGUUCCUGCCCAAUCCGCCGGUCCUCAACCCGCUGAUGCUCAAUCUGCGGAUGAUCAAUCCGCUCGAUCUGCUCAAUCCGCUCGAUCUGCUCAAUCCGCUCGAUCUGCUCAACCCGCUGAUGCUCAACCUGUGGCUGGUCGUCCUGCUUCCGCUAUUGGCCCCAAUAACCGCGUUCCCCCUUUUUUCCAUCGCCGCGUUGAGCAUGCCUUGAUCCGGUCUUUAUUGUACGUGUUACAGGUGACCAUUGCCUAUGGCCUCAUACUGAUGGCUGUUUCCUUUAAUGGUUACGUCAUUCUCUGUAUCAUAGUCGGCCAUUACCUUGGCUGCGUUAUCUUUGGGCGCGAUCCCCAGACCGAAACUAACAAACCAAAUGCUUAUCAGCGUGUGUUCCAGCAGCCUGGGGUUUGUUGUGAUGUUUAG